UCACAUCUCUCCUCCUCGUGACCAUGAUCAAUUUCAUCACAACGGUACGAUCGUGCAAACAACACACCUCACCUCGUUUCUGGAUUCAUGGCGUUUUUAUCAAGGGUCAUGUCAAUUUGAAUGCCUCUACACUCCUGUUUGAUACCCCGUAAAGCUGUUUUUGCCCGCGAGUCUCGAGUUGAAACAUAUUCCCUCGGCCCCUCCCUGCUCGUCGUCGUGACAAACCUCCCCCCCCAACCAAACAUGGCCUUUAUUCGCCCAUACGUCGAGUCGGAUCAGGACGCCAUGAUACAUAUUUUCAGGGAGACUGCGGCACCCGACUUGCGAGCGGCCGGUGACCCGGUCCUUCAUUACGGCUCAUACCUCUGGUGUCGGCCGUACUUUUUGUUGCAACCCGACACCUGUUACGUCUUGGACGACGGCGAUGGAAGGGCGGUGGGCUAUCUCUUGGGGAUCUGUGACACGCCGUCUUUCGUGCAUAAAUACCGGGCCGUCUUCAUCCCCUACGUUCAGCUGGAAGGCAUCGAAAAGCCUCGACCAGAUGAGUCGGUCAGAUGGAAUGAGAACCUACCGAACGCCCUGAGAAACAUCAUGUUCCACCCGGAAGGUAUGUUGCACGAGGACUGGCCGGAGUUGAUGAAGUCGUGGCCUGCACAUUUACACAUUGACAUACUGCCGGAGUACCAGAGAAGAGGGUUUGGUCAACGACUGAUCGAAAGGUUUUGCGAGGUGGCUAAGAAGCAAGGCGCAAAGGGAGUUCAUUUGGGUAUGGCUGCGGCGAACGACGACGCUGGAAAGUUUUAUACCCGUCUAGGCUUUACACGAUUUCCUGCCGUUCUCGACCAUGGCGCUUCAGGAGAGCAAGGUAGAACCGAAGGGGCCAUCUGGUUGGUCAAGACAUUAUGAUGAUGAUGAUGAUUUUGUCCCUAGUUUUCUUUUGAUCGAUUCGUUCGUUGGUCAAAUCUUCUUGUUCAGCUUUCACUCACGUCAGCACCAAAUGUCACUGUCUGAUGAGCUUGCGUCAGCCAAACCCAUUUUUUCAGCUUUGACAGAAUUGUAUAGCUUUUG